GAAAAAAAACUGGGUAAUAUAUUUAUUAGCACGUCCUGUCGGGCGUGGCAGGCUGGUCUGCCGGGGGGCUGAAGCCGUAGUCUGCUCCGGGGCUGCUGGAUGCUCCAUGAUGGAUGAGGAGUGACAGAUCGGGGUUAGCCGCCAGGGGAGUCCUUUUUCUUCCAGCGCACGGUCCUACCCGAGGAGAGAAGCGAAGGAGGAGACGCAGGAGAAGGGAAGGGGAGAAGCGACCGAUUUCCCCCCCUCCUCUGUGAUUCUCUCUCUCUCUCCACUCUACUCCUGAGCAUCUCAUUCUACUGGGCUUUACCCGGACUGCACCGCAUUGACGCUGCUGCUGCUGCUGCCGACCCAACCCAAUGAACUAACGCACGCAGAGAAAGACUGGAUUUGAUUUCUGCAACCUGGAUGCUGUGCAGAUCGUGAACGUGCAACUGUUCUCUCUCUUUGCCUGCUUCUCUGUGCAUCCGGAUUCGCUGUCCUGCUCGGUAAUGUCAAGACUUUGAAAAAAGGGGAGUGACGGAAGAGGAAGGUUUUUGGAGCUCGUGGCAGCUGCGGCGCGCACAGUGCACAAGGAGACGCUGGGAGAUUUCCUACAAGUUUGCAGAGCUCACACCACGAAUGGAGCUAUUUUAUUGAAGCCCUGCGCUCCUCAUUUGAGCUCUUUCCAACAUGGGUGUUGACUGAAUGGAAGAGUAUCCCCCGCGCUGCCGCUGAGGUCUGAGGAUGCACUGGUGAGGAUUAAAUAAAACUGCGCUCGAUCUUUUUUUUUUUUUUUUGGGACCAUGCAGAUUCUGCCGCCCAGGACGUUAUUUGUGUUACUAGCCCACGCACAUGUGUUGUUAUCUCUGAGAAAUUAUGGGGAAGUUCGAACUAACAGCAGCUCGUACUCUGGCAGGACUUUCCAUGGGUCGCUCCGGGAGAGUCACCAAGGCAGAGCCCGGGAUCGUGCGCUCUUGCCCGGGUACGCCACAGGUGCGUCCUCGGCGGAGCUCCAGGCGAUUAUCAAAGGGACCUUUAACUCCACUCACCCCUGGAAGAGGGUAAUUGCGGGAGAAACGAGGCGAGUAGGACACAACAAGCGCGACUAUAAUAGGACUGUGACACCCAUGGAGGAUCCCAACGCCGCCUCGCACUGGGAGCCGACGCGCCACCAUAAUAAGAGGAUAAAGUUGAAUGGCGCUCUCAGUAGUACGGGGACGCCAGCAGGUGGACACUACAAUGCGGCUAAGCCUUCUUCAAUGGGCCGGGGAGACGGAGGAGGGGGGACAGAGGAGGGCGACCGGCACAAGAGGGGCACAAAAGACGAGCAGAAGAAAGGCUGGAAGAGGGGGAGAAACCGGCCCAACAAAAGCCCUGUGGUUUUGGCGCAGCCUCACGCGUCGCCGUGGGAACCCAUCCCUAAACCGGUGGCGCUCACUUCCACCGACCUGCCCUUUGACCUCUUCACCAGGAGGCCCGAGUUCUUCACUUUCAGGGAGGAGAACCCGUGGGACGCAACGCCGAUCACCCCUCCCAGCUCGCAGGACUUCGGGGACGAGAUCAAGAACCCGUUCUACCCGGUGACGAGCGAGACUUACGGCGCGUACGCUAUCACGUGCGUCUCCGGGGUGAUUUUCCUGGUGGGCAUCGCCGGCAACAUCGCCAUCCUGUGCAUUGUGUGCCAGAACUACUACAUGAAGAGCAUCUCCAACUCUCUGCUGGCCAACCUGGCCGUGUGGGAUUUUGUGCUCAUCUUCUUCUGCCUGCCCAUGGUGGUUUUCCACGAACUCACCAAGUCCUGGCUGCUGGGAGAGUUUACCUGCAAAGUGGUGCCCUAUGUGGAGGUGGCCUCGCUGGGUGUCACCACCUUCACCCUGUGCGCUCUGUGCAUCGACCGAUUCCGUGCAGCCACCAACGUCCAGAUGUACUACGAGAUGAUUGAGAACUGCACGUCUACUACCGCCAAGCUGGCAGUCAUCUGGAUCGGCGCCCUACUCCUGGCCCUCCCGGAGCUUCUUAUCCGACAGCUGGUUGCCGAGGACACAGGAAUCCCGGACGAGCCCCCCGUUGAACGCUGCAUUAUCAGAAUAUCCACCUCACUUCCUGACAUGCUCUACGUGCUGGGCCUGACGUACGAGGGCGCUCGGCUGUGGUGGUGCUUUGGCUGCUACUUUUGCCUCCCCACCCUGUUCACCAUCGGUUGCUCACUGGUGACGGCGCGUAAGAUCCGGCGCGCGGAGCAAGCCAGCGUACGCAGCAACAAGAAGCAGAUCCGGUUGGAGAGCCAGAUGAACUGCACUGUCGUGGCGCUGGCGAUCGUCUACGGUGCAUGCGUGGUCCCCGAGAACAUCUGCAACAUAGUUUCGGCCUACAUGGCUGCCGGUGUUCCUGAACACACCAUGUCCGUCCUCCACCUUCUCUCCCAGCUGCUGCUCUUCUGUCGGGCCGCCGUGACGCCGGCGCUCCUGCUGCUCUUGUGUCGGCCCCUGGGCAGGGCCUUCCUGGACUGCUGCUGUUGCUGCUGCUGCUGUAACCACGCUCCCUCCUCGGCGACGGCCAGCGACGAUAACGAACACGAGUGCACUACCGAGCUGGAGCUGUCGCCGUUCAGCACCAUCCGCAGGGAGCUCAGUAACUACACCCCUGCCGGCUCCAACUGCUAAACUGACAUUCCUCAUCAGGGAAGGAGAUUUCACUAGCCUGCCAUCUGCCUGUGGCUAGUGUCUCUCAGACUCGACUAGGAGAGAUAUGCCUUACCUAGUCCACUCACGUUUUUAAAUGGGUGCAUGAACAAAGGUGGACACUAAAUAACCACUUUUAGCCAGUGGUCCUACAUCCUCAACUUUCAACUUUACAUCAAAUGUAUAACCCUUAUUUUCCAGGACAGCUAACAAAAAGCAAAAUCUCCUUUUCACUCAUGCCCUGGGGUGCUCUUAAAACAGGGUCAGUACAUGUUUUUAGCAAUCCUGCCUGAAACCUUUAAAACGUACAAACCUCUCCUCUGUAGGCCUUGUACGCCUAAAUAUCUUUGGGCAGUUGGGAUGGCCUCUUAACCUGUCUGAUGCCUGGUUCCUCAAAAGAGCCGAUGUAAAGAAAUUAACCUGAUUCCAAAAAGGCAAAGGUAAUAAUAUUAAAACUGGACAAUAAUUGUACAGAACAUGUCACAAUAAGUGCAGUUUGUCAACGGUUUGUGAUGAUUCGACAACCUUGACAAACUCUGUUGGCUUAAGGAAGAAAUAAUCAAUUCCAAUCACCUUCCAAAUCUGUCACUGGAGAUAUUUUGGGGACUAACUGAUCAUAGCACCUUCUAUAAUAACUCAGAAACAACAUCCAGCUAAACAUGUAGGCUCACACUGCCUAUAGACAUACAAGACUAAGUUUACAGACUACAUCAGCUGUAAAUGUGCAGUUCAUACAAUGGUGCACAUGUGGGAAUAAGGCUUUUGAUAAUUAAACUAGCGCAGGGCACCUCAGCGGAAAUGACAGUUUGCGAAAGGAAAACAGAGGAGAUUGGUUUGGAGAAUCCAAAUGUACACAACAAUAUUUAACACUGUAUAUUGAAAAAUAUCCAGUUGACUCAAACCUAACUGGGCUGGUCUCAGAGUACAACAAACACGGACACGAGUGGAAUUAAAAUGUUUGGAAUUGAAAUCAAAUUAGAGGCAAACGAAGCGGAAUGGAAUCGAAUGAAACACUACAGAUUAAAUUGAACGGAGUGAACAUGCAUCGAGUGGACUAACUAAUGGAACAUAACACCGUGGAAUAUAAUUGAAAGGGAUGGACUCAGCAUGGACUGGACUGAGGUAAACGUAUGUGCACUACACUGUUGUAUCAUGUUUCGCCUUACACUUUGGGCUGUAUAUAUACUGUACACUUUCUUCGGUGCUCUUAUGAUGAAUGCGCUGUCAACAACAAAUCCAUGGGUUCCACUUAGAAUCACAAGGAAUUGAGCUGCGUACUUUGUUUCGGGUCAAGAAGGCAGAUCACAGUUGUGUGUGACUCUUGAAGGCAAAAGACAUAAAAAAAUCAUUGAGGAUUUAUUCGAGGUUGCCUCACAAACAGCUAAGAGAGAGAUCGCCUGAAUCUUUGCCUUUAUUUAGACUAAGAAGUAUGGUAGCACUUUAUUUUACAGUACAGUAAUCACUAGGUCUCUGGUAAAUACUGAAAAUAGUUUUACUUUGAAGUAACACUGUACAGUUCAGUAGAUGCAAUAAUAAACUAGUAUCCACAUUUUAUUAUAAUAUUGGUACAGAAAUAUAAUUAUUGGCAAGAGGGCAAUAAAUACCAAUCAUAUACACAAUAAACAAACCAUAUUAUUAACUUACUGUUUUAAAAAGUGCCAUGACUGCAUAUUUACAUUGUAAAUACUACUUGUAAAUAUACUAGGAAUUAUAUAUUUGUACCAAUAACCACUGCAAAGUUUUAUUUUUGUAAUUUAUUUACAGGUUAUUUAUUUUUAUUUAUUCAUUUCUGAACUGUAAAACAAAGUGCCACUAUUUCAUCUAAAGCAAAACCCACUAAACCCCUCCCUCAACCAGUGAUCGUCCAAUUUGCUGUUUAGCAACCGUAACUAGGCACAGCAGGUCUGUCAAGCUUUGAAUCACUUCCUGUUUGUGACUUAACAUUUAAACUCAGUUUAGAUUACAAAAAUAUAAUGUCAAACCAAAACCACAAGCUCAGAGGUGGAAGACAGUGUUUACUUUCAGUGGCAUAUGGUGGAACUGUUAGCAUGUCCACCUAAUUAGCCUGCUAGCUACAGGAAAGAUGCUGUCAGAGUUCAAGGGAAUUAUUCUGAAGGUUAGCGGCUAUGUUCUGCUCAUUGGAUAUCGGAUUUAUGAAGUUUACACUUCAUCAGCUCCAGUCAUUAGCCGUGUUUCCAUCCUAUAACAAGCUCAUUUGAAGCAAACUUUUAAAAUGCUGCAAAAAAUGAUUAAAUAAAUAAAUGUUUUGUUGCUUUUUUAAUGUGAAUUAGACUCAAUUCUGUUCACUUUUUUUUUUAUAGUGAAUAAACUGGUCUGCAUAGUGGUGACAGAGUAGAAGAAACCGGGAACAAAACCAACUAUGUUGACGCUAAUGGAUAAAAACCUUGACGAGGAACAAACUAGGAAGAAAUCAGGCCAUCUAUAAGACAAAAAUGGAGAGAAAUCUAUAGCAGUUUUUUACACUGAAAUAAUUCAUUGGGUAUAGUGGUCAUGUUUCGUGCUGUAUGGUGCAAAACGGCAAGGUUAAACCAGGAUAUUGAACAUACUGAAAAAUAAAUAGCAUUAUUCAGGUCUGUAGUUUAUCUAAAAAAAGAGACUCAUUUCUAUUAAAGCCUGUAACAAAGUGAAAGUACUUUAUCUGUACAUUAAAUCCAGCAUCACAGCAAAUUGGAAGUGACUGCAGGGUAACAUGUAGUCUUAAUCAGCUGCAUCUGACAACAGAAACAGAAAAUAUGUGAAUGAUACCAGCUUUAAUGGGAAUUUGGCUGUAAUGAGAUCCAGUACAGAUGAGCACAGAGAGCAGGAGAGAAGCAAACAGAUGUGAAGUGUCUCCACAGUGAAAAGUUUCUUUGUGUUUUUGCUGUUCAGGUGUUAGUGCUCUGACAUCAAAACUCUACAAAUCACCUUUUUGUUCUGUGAUAAUUGAAAGAACUACUAUAUAUUUUCAGAUUUGGAUCCAUGGAAACUGAGCUGAUGGUGCUGCUGUUAUUGUUUGAGACUGCAGUCCUGACUCCAUCUGAACAAUGACAAGAGCCAAAAAGUGACACUAAAGAAAUAUAUGUGUUAUGAUGUCCUAGAGUAAACAAUAUUGCAUUUCCAUAAAUUACAUUGAUGAUUCCAUCACAGCAGAUCUAGUGGAAACGCGGCUAUUGUUACCUAAGAUAGCAUUAAUCAACAAAAGUCUUCGCUCAUAUAGCAUUAAAAGGGAAAACAUGCAAUUUAAAAAUGUAUUUAAGCGAAGGAACUGAGCAGACUAAUGUGGAUGCAAGUUUCUUUAGCGUGAACAUGUAGCUAUAGCUUCAAUCGCAGCCAUUAGGUUUGUAUUCAGGAUUGAAAACUAAGCAGGACAUAUCAAAAAGACAGUAUUUUUAACCAACCUGUGCUACUGACAUUAGCUUAGUUAGCUAGCUAGCCUUAGCUAAUAAAAUCUGCUAGCUGCCGUCGACAUUUUAGCCUGCGCCAUCAGUAGUAGCUGGCUAGAAAUGAGAAACUUGCUUUGUCUACCUCUGUGUGAAAUGAAAGACUUAUUUAUGAAUACAUUUAUUGGUGAAUGUGCCGCCAUUAUCUCUGCAAACUACAUGUAUGUAUAAGACGGGGACGCUUGACUUGAGUAGCAACAGUAAUUAAGGAAUGCAGGGCCUAGUAAACAGUCAAUUAUACCAUAUAAACAGAACCUCUUGACCUCUAAUACCCUUUGCAGUUUCAUUACUUGAGCUUUUAAGGAGAACCAAUGAAAUGUUUUUCACAGUGUAUAAAUUUACAAGUGUAUUGUACUGUAAAUCUGUUUUCUUAAUCCUACUAAUCAGACCUGGGUCAAAACAAGGUUCAAACCACUACGUUACAGUUCAGACAGUUGAAAUUGUCACACACAAUAAAAGAACUCAAUCGCCUAAACACUUAGCAUAGAAGGUGUUUUGUGAGCUGUAUGUUUUAGAAGUUGUGCCUGGCUUCGGCAGAUGACCAAAAAAAAUUAUGCUUUUAUUUGUGAAACCUGAAUUUAUUUGAAUACGUAGAUUCUAGCUGGUGAACUCGGUGAUGACCCAGGUGUGAUGUUCAUCGGUAUAACUGUAUAUUGCGAUGAAUCUUUUGCAUAUUGAUUCUGCACUGCCAAACACCUUCUCUCUGUCUUGUCUCUUGUGCUCUUGUGGUGGUAGCACUCUCUCUCUCUCUCUCUGGAUGUCUCUCUCAGCAAUGGAGGUCAGUUUACUAUUAGCCCCAUCACUACAGGUAGAAAAAUAUUACUGGAAAGCAUAAAUCAGCCAGCUCUAAUGAACCGUUUACGAGCUCUGAGAGAUUCGGCCACCUCUGGUUGGCGCUGCCUGCUGUUCUUCGAGUUAUUAGACGGACUAGGCAACAGCUCUGCAACACAAUGCCCUGCAGCCGGUGCGACAACUCUUUAUUACCAUCACUAUCAGGGUAUUGUGGGCCCAAUGUGUAAACCUGUCCAGGGAUUGUAGCUUUUAUGGUCUUAUACUGGCCCGUACGUUAAAUCUCUUUCUGCUUUCUGAUAGGACUUGUUGUAAACUCGCCUCUAAACCUGAUUAAUCUUUUUUCUGCAUAUUUCUGGAAGUAUAGCUCAUAAAUGGCUCAGUGUGUAGUAAUGUGGUUGAAACUAUUGAUGAAGUGAUUCUUGUUAAAUCCGUCAGUGAGACGUUUAUUCUGAAACUUUGUGAGUAUCCUCUUCACUCUGAGCAAAACGUGUCUGUAUUUGAUACCUGAAAAUGUAAGCACACAACCACUAUUGUCUCUAAGUCUAGUCACUGGUUUCUAAAUAGCUUUUUAUAUAGCCAAAAAACUGUCCCUUUGUUUAUCAAAGAACUUUAUCUUGAAAACUGUAUAUUAAAUUCCUAAAUGUA